AUGGAUUCCCGUCUUGAGGACCUGAGCCGACAAAAUCAUGAGCUGCAGGAGGAACUGACACGCAUGCAAGCCGAGCGGGAGGAAGGCACGGUGCGGCGUCUUGUAGAUGAGCACACGAUGGAAAUCAGCAACCAGAUGACGGCGUACGAGAAGGAGGUCGUCGAAACAAUCAAUUCCCAACACCGGGGCCGCCCGGCCGCCGCCCGGCCGCCGCCCUCGGACCGUAUGCGCCUCAACGGCCUCUUCAAGCCAGCUAUGGGAGGCGACGUGGAGGGUUUGAUAAAGCGACUUACAGCGGGGACCGGCAUGGGCAGCAGCAGCGAGGAGUUCUUGCGCGAGCAAGACAAAUGGGACGCGUGGAGCUCGCAAACGGGCCUAAGCCGUACCGAAGCGAAGCGUCGCUACAUCGAAGCGCUCAUCGACAAUAUGUACAAGUACGCCAACACGAGCUUAACGCCGUCGAGUUGGUGGCCGAGCUUGAAUCUGCGUUGA